AUUAAUUGAACUCCACUGGCCAGAAGCUCUUACAAAAUGGAGACUUGGAAAAUACUGAUUUUGAUAAAUGUGAUUAAAAAAUUAUCUUGAAUAAAUCCCGAUCAACCAAACUUAAAUCGACCCAGUUACACAAACCAAUCGGAAAAAUGAAGCUAUUCCUAACAAGGUUGUGUGACCGAGCAGUGAGCCAGAGCGGAAGCCGGGCAAGAUUGCCUUCAAAGUAAAAGAUUCAUUUUUUUCAUUUUGGGUUAAUAAAGACUAAUUUAACAAGUGGAAAGUAACGAACAUAAAGAUUGAUGUUCAUAUUAUUCGAGGUCUUGUUGAACUGGAUAUAGAGGUUAGCAAGGGAAAAUCCGCGCAACACUUUUACAUGAAAUUGGACAUUAUCUUGGCAAUUUCUCCCGGAAAAUGUAGUUUCGACCCCGGCCAAAAGACAGUGUUAUUUUACGAGAGCCCCGUCUGCCCCUUACACUCAAAACAGAUUACAGCAUUGACAAAAAAAAGAAAACAAUAAUAAUAAUAAUAAAACGAGUGCUACUUUCUCCGGGUAUAAUUCAUGGAGUGUGUCUGAUUUAAACUCGACAUGAUUGUUAUUUGGAGAUCGUCAUCUGUUGGCUGUUCAGACUCACGGGCGACCGCUCAGCUGUUAAAUCGCUGGUAAUGUAUUUUUUACAGCACACUGAUAUCCUUCAGUAAACGGAUGUGUCAUUAUCAGCGCGCAGACCCCUUCGCGUUAAUGAGUAUGUUAUCCGCGUGACAGCGGUUUAUUUGAAACCUUCGCCGACGUAAAGCAGCAAAUUGCUCACUACGGUUGCAGCCAUGGCUUCGGCGCUGAAUUGCUUCAGUGGUCCCGAGGUGCUGGAGGAUGUGAAUCACGCUCGGGGUUUGAUAAAAGAGUUGAAAUUUCUUUACGACUGUCGGCUGUUGGGAGACGUUACUAUCGGAGUAGAGUGCGAAGAGGAGUCACAGGAGGACAGCGGCGAGUCGGCCCGAGGUGACAUUGACCAACUUUUCCUGUGUAGUCGCAACGUCCUCGCCGCUGCCAGCCCUUACUUCAAAAGCAUGUUCACCGGGGGCUUGAAUGAGAGCAUGCAGGACAGAGUGGUCAUCCGCGGCGUGGACGCUGAGUCCAUGUCUGUCAUCAUCGACUAUUGUUACACGGGCAGGGUGACCAUCACGGAGAGCAACGUCCAGAGGCUGUACGCAGCGGCCAACAUGCUUCAGCUUGAGUACAUCAGGAAAGCCUGCUCCAGUUUCAUGUCAAGGAGGCUGGACCUCUCCAACUGCGUGGGGAUACUGAAAUUUGCAGACACCUAUGAUAAUCCUGAACUGAAGGAGAAUGCACAAGCUUUCAUAGCCAGGAACUUCAGCCAGGUGUGUAAUGGAGGGGACCUUUGUGAGCUGGAUCUGGUGCAGAUCAAGGAGUUGCUGUCUCUGAACACUUUGGAUGUGGACUGUGAAAGGAAGGUGUGUUCAGCUGCUUUGCAGUGGAUUGAAGCCAAUGCACUGCAGAAAAGGGAGGAUGCAUUACAAGCACUGAAGUGUGUGCGCUGGAACUUGUUUGCCGACAAGGACAAGUCUUACCUGGAGGGUCUCAUGGCGAGGCCUUUAAUUGAGAAAUAUCUUGCAUGUUUCUUCAGCAGGUCCGCUGAGGACGGCUGUGAAAUGUCUGAAACUCUGGAUGUACCAAAACACAGAAUAGGUGUCAGUGCAAAAGAAAUGAUUCUCUUUUUCGGCCUACCCAACGAUAACAUUAUGUGUUGCGACCCUUACUCAGAGGACCUGUAUUUCAUGGCUCCUCCUUUAGAGGACCUCAGCAGUCAGGAUUACAAACGUUCCACCAUGGAGUCUCUCAUUGCCUGUGCCACGCCUGAAAACAACUUGUUCCUAGCCUCACACCUCUCUAAACACUUCUGGUUGUACAACCCUGUCCUCAACAGCUGGCAGGAGUUGGCAGAGAGACCACUGGGGAGGAUACACUCUGGGAUGGGCUACCUCAACGGCCACGUCUACCUUUUGGGAGGAAGAAAUCCAGUGACGGAUGCCAGAUUGAAGGAGGUCGAGUGUUACAGUGUCCAGAGGAACCAGUGGACGUUUGUGGCUCCUCUGCCUCAUUCAUUAGGUAAAAUGCAGGUUGUGGCUCUAAAUGACCAGUUGUAUGUGGUGAACAAAAGGAGAAUGCUUUGUUAUGAUCCUAAGAGGAACCGCUGGCGCCACUGUGGGUCUCUGAGAAGAGACAAGCUUCACAAGGCCUGCGUGUUUCAGGACCAGAUCAUCUGUGUGUGUGACAUCCCUGUGGUGAAAGCCUACAGCCCCACCAGGGGGGAAUGGAAGAGGUUGGGUGACAUUCCUAUUGACAGCCGUGCUCUAAAUUACCAGGUGAUCCAGCACAACAACAAGCUGCUGCUCCUGACUCAGACGUUACUGCAGCACAACAAAAACAGGGUCCUCAUCCAUGAAUACGACUCAGCCAGGGACACAUGGAAGAACGUCAUGGCUGUGUAUGUGUCCACCCUGGGGCCCGUGUGUGUUUCCACACGUGUGUACCCAGCAUGUCUAGGCUCUGCACACAGCUUCUCUACAGAGGAGGACGACGACAGUGGCUCCAGUGCCGACUGGGACUUUGAUGGGCUGACAGACGCAGACUCUGACUCUGGCAGCUCUAGCUCUUUCUCAGAUGAGAACUGGUAGUGGAAAUGUGUAACUGUGUCAAAGAAAAGUUUAUUUAUAAUUUGACAGACAUAUACAGCACUCUCUCUGUCAGGAGAGGUGACAGAUCCAGAUUUAAUUUCAUAUUAAAGCCAACAUGUACAGAAGCAGCCAUCAAAAUGUUAAAUUCCCCAGUGUUGCUACUGGUUAUUUCCAGAAGGAGAGAAAAAACUGAGCAGAAUAGAGUUCAGUGAUUCUCUUCCAUUUAUUUCACACAGUGAGGACAAAUGCCAAGAGACAAGGGCUUUACUCUUCCAUCUGUUAUGUCCUGCCAGCGUAUAGUAAAACAGUUUAUAAUUGGAGCACAAAACUGAGGCUAGGCUCAAAAACACUCAGUCCUACACUUCCCAUCAUGCAGUGAUUUCCAAACUGAGCCUUUGCAGUAUACACCAUAGGGAAAAGGGAAUGAAACUGAAGUCUAACUCAACUUUUCCCAUCAGAGACAUUUUAACAAAUACAAGUGAUAAAGUGAUAAGAUAAUUAGCUACAUGAACUCAGCCUUUGUUAAUGUUAUUAAUUCUGUCAUCUACCAAUGUCUGCUGGGAAAAAAAAGUCUGUUGACGUUAACGCUCUGAUGCUAUGAAGAUUUAGUAGGGAAAAAAAGACAUUUAAAGGACAAUAUUAACUGACUUUUUAGGUGUUGAAAAGGGGUAAAAGAGACAUCAGUCAAAUCCGAAAUACAAAGUUGCUCUUCUUGCUCUUGAGUUCAUUGAUAAAGCAGGAGAGUUUUGUGUCCUUUGUUGUCUGUUAGCUACAUUUUCCAGGAGGUCGUGACAAAAAGGGUUUGGGAACCAAUGCCAUAAUGCAGCUUUAAUGUUGUUUUUGUUUUUGGUCAGCCUCUGUUCUUGGCUGCAGAGGCAGGACUUUAUACUUGACAAUGCUUCUCCAGAGCCACAACAGACAUUACAGUCCUAUCUUAUUUAGCUUGAAUAAAUGAGCACACCUGCUUAUUAUUAGUGUAAAAUCAAGACCAGACCGUGACUUGUGGGACAUCAGGCAACUCAAGUGCCUCAUGUUUAUGUCAGAUAACUGGUCAUUUACAGGGCUUUAAAAUUUGCUGUGCUUAUGUUGCUGAUGCACAUUAAGAUGCCACACACAGCAGGUGUUGUGAAAACUACAGUAUGAAAUGUAGAAGCCAAUGCACUGUACCCUCACUCAGGUUCAGGCUUCAGCCUGUUUGCCAUGAUUGAAUUUUUUGUAGGUGUAGUAAAAUUCAGUGUUUUUGGUGACAUGACUAAUUUUAUGAAAUUUAUUUGAAACUAUUUUAUUGAGUGGACGUGUGAUUUUGUUGUUUUUUGGGGGGGGCGCGGGGUAACUUAACGUAUUUGCUACAAGCAAGAAAUUCGAGUGUUUUGAGUGUUGUUUGGUGCUGAUGAAUUGUUUUAGUUGAAGGACAUUUUUAUCAGCAUGUAAUAAAACUGGAAGCCAUUGUCCUCCCCAGCACCCCAUACACUCAGUUACCAGUUUAUUAGCAGCAUCGAAACACGCAGAAGUGUUUGUAAUCUGAGUAAAAAGAAUUGUAGAAUUUCAAGUGUACAAUACAUCAUAGCAUCAACACCUCUGGAAAACAGAUGGAACAAACACUGAACAUUCUAACCUUCAUGAAGUUAAGUUUUAUUACAGGGCUACAGGACUGAUUGGACUUAGUUGUACCUAAUAAUGAACUGGUAAAUGAGUGUAGAUCCUACUGUUGUGUCUCAGAUGGAGAGAAGUGCUAAUGCGUGCAUGUGUGUGUGUGUGUGUGUGUGAUGGUGAAGGGCUGGUUGGUUGUGGUAAUACUCAUGGUCUGG